AUGGAAGAGCAAGGAGGGGUGAAUUCUCUAUCUAAGGAGCGAAGAGACAUUCUGGAGGAUUUAUGGAGAGCAUACCGCGAGGAGAAGCGUGUUUGGAGACAAAAAUCAAGGGUGCGCUGGUUGAAGGAAGGCGAUAGGAACACAAAGUAUUUCCACCGCAUCUGUAAGGCGAGAACAGUGAGAAAAAGUAUUACUCAGUUGAGAUAUCAGGGUAGAGAAUUAACAGCUCCUGCAGAGAUUAAAGCAACUUUGCGGAAUCACUUCCAGAAUUUUUUCCGGGUGGCAGAUGUAAUUAGACCUCGACUUCAGAAUGAAAAUUUGCAGAAGGUGUCAGACUCUAAAAAUCAGUUAUUAGAAGCAGCUUUUUCACAGAAUGAGAUUUGGGAAGUUGUUAAAAGUUUUGAUGGCAAUAGAGCACCGGGUCCGAAUGACUCCCAGGAAGAGAUAUCUGAUUACAGGCCCAUUAGUUUGAUUGGCAGUGUGUAUAAAUUGUUGUCCAAAGUAUUAUCAAUUCGCCUAAGUCUGGUGCUUCCAAGGUUGUUAACUCCGAAUCAGUUUGCUUUUACAGCUGGGCGACAGAUUUCUGAUUGCUCUUUGAUUGCAGCUGAAAUUGUCCAUUCCAUCUCUGUAAGGCCACAUGGAGCUUCUUUGGCGGUCUUGGUUAAUGGGUCGCCGUCCAAGUUCUUUUCUAUAGAAGAGGGGUUAAGGCAGGGUGAUCCAUUAUCCCCUCUUCUCUUUAAUAUAGUGGCGAAUGGGAUGUCGUGUAUGCUGAAUCAGCUGCUAGCUCAGGAUAUUCCAUGUGGAGUGGAAGUGGCGCCGGGCUUAAAAAUUAAUUUCAAGAAGUCUGAGGUAUUUGGGGUGAACGCGCCUUUGGAAGUGGUUCAGGAAGUAGCAAAUUGGUGGAAUUUUAAGAGGGAGUUAAUAUCUUUCAGUCUAGACAAACUUGCCAAUAAAAACUUGUCUAGGCCACUUGCUGAUAUAUGCGCAGUUUGGCGUGAAAUUGGGAUGGUUGGUAAUGUUUUUCGGGAAGGAAUAGCUGUUCAAGUGGGGAGGGGGAGUAGCGUCCUGUUUUGGCUAGAUCACUGGGCUGGUUCGGGACCUUUCCGGCUUGUGUUCCCUCGUGUUUUUGCUCUAGCCUCACAUAAGAGAGCAACGGUCAUGGAUUGUGGUGUGGUGGAUGGGCAUAAGUGGGUAUGGGACUUAUCUUUUGUGCGAGAAUUUCUAGGGUGGGAACGCCAACAGUAUGAUGAUUUCUUGAUUGUUCUUCAACAAAUGGUUGCUAAACAAGGAUUGUACGCGGAGGUUGAUUGCAAGGUGUGGAAGCAUGACAAUAUGGGGAUCUUUAGUGUGAAAUCUGUUCAGAAGAACAGGAUUGCUACUAAAGAAAAUUUGCUGCGUCGUGGCGUGGCCUUCGAAGAUGGAACAACUUGUGUUUUGUGUUCGACUUUUGCUGAAUUGGUGGCCCAUCUUUUUUUGCAUUGUCCUAAGGUUUGGCAGAUGUGGGUAAAUGUGCUUCACAGAGAAGAAGAGGUUUGGGAAUCCCACAUGUUUAGGCUCUUUACAUGGAUAAAGGCCUGGUGGAAGGAUUGUCCAUAUGGGGCGGAUCAGUUUGCAAGAAGCUUCACAAGAAUAGAUAUUCAGGGUAAACAGGGUGUUCGCCCUAUUGUGCCUUGGAAACCUCCUCAAGGUAAGAUUCUCAAAUUUAAUGUUGAUGGGUCUUUUCAAUCUGGGGGUGCCGGCGUUGGUGGUAUUUUGAGGAAUGGGGUGGGGGUAGUAAUUGGUAAAUUUUCUAGAAAAGUGCAAGUUCAGCGUGCUGAUGAGGCGGAGGUGUUGGCUAUCCUUUAUGCUCUCUUGUUUUAUCAAUAA